AUGAGGAGCGGGGGUGGAUGGAGAGCAACUGGACUUGAAAUUGCUAGAUCUUCGAAGGGGAUAUCAGUCUGCCAACGUAAAUAUGCAUUGGAAAUUUUAACAGAUGCUGGAUAUACUGGGGCCAAACCAGCAAAUAGCCCUUUACCACACAAUUUGAAGCUAAGUAUGAAUGAAGGAGAAGCACUCACAGAUGCCAGUGUAUAUAGAAGACUAGUAGGUAGACUUCUAUACUUAACAAUUACAAGACCUGACUUAUCAUAUGCGGUGCAGCUGCUUAGUCAGUUCCUCCAAUCUCCAAAGCAGCCACAUUUGGCAGCAGCUUACCAUGUGUUGAGGUACAUAAAGGGCACACCAGGUCAGGGCCUAUUCUUUGAAGCAAACCUUGAUUUGCACCUUAAAGGCUUUUGCGAUGCUGAUUGGGCAGCUUGCUCAGACACUAGAAGAUCUAUAAUCGGUUAUUGCAUUUUUCUGGGGAACUCACUUGUAUCUUGGAAAUCCAAAAAGUAA